ACAAGGGGAGGGUUUUUUCUUCCUACUAUACUUCUCCCUGGUUGAUUGUGACCAAGGUCAUCUGCUGAUUUUUGAGUAUAGGAUAAUGGGACCUUUGUCACGAAGUUUAGUGGCAGCCGCUCGGACAUUGUUGGACUUUGGGGGGACUGGCAAAGUUCACGGCCAAGGCUUUUAGGUCUAGCAACUGGAUUUCGAAAUUCCUGGCCAAGGAAAGCAGAAUUGCUCUGUAAUUCUUCCUUACCCCAGGAACGUUGCCCUUGAUAGAUGCAGACAGGAAAUUGGAGUGAAUGCCCUCGGGAUGUAACCGGUGACUGGCUGACUGGCUCUUUGUUAUUGUUGUUGUUGUUGUUGACUCCGAUUUAGUGUCUCCCAGGGUACUGGUCUUUUCUGUGAACGGUUUGCGGUUUAUCGGUACCUUUGUACUACCGAGACAUAACAAAGAAGCUCUAGAGCCACACUGCGUUUAAGAAAAAUCGUUCAUUUUGCAUUCUGGUUCUUUGUGCUAUUUCUGCCGUCAGUAGAGGCUACGCAACAGCCUCAGAGGAGAAGAAGACAAGGUCAUCUCUCAAAUAUACCACUGGUACUCUUGUCCCUGGUCUCUCUAGACCAAUAUUAGAGCAAGUGGCCUAUUGAUCCGCGGUACUGAUCUUUCUCCAGGUCUCAUUGCUCUUGCUGAUGCGUGAGCGUUCUUUGACGACAGCGCCCAACAUUCUUUACACCAGAGAUCCCUAUAUUCUAGCCCUCAGGCCUUCAGCGCAGCUACAGCCCUGUUAUCCCAUCUAGCCUCUCUUUAUACAAGAGACCUAAGUGAACUAUCAUGGCCGGCCUUCCUAGCAAAAGCCAGAAGUCUGCCCCUCUCGGGCUGGAUAGGGACUCCUUCGACUCUGAUAACCCGCAUGUUGAGCACGUGGAAGUCUCUCAGGCUCCAGAAGCGAGCACCGAAGUUGAACCGAAGGGAUCAGGAAAGCCCAGCCCUACAGCUACCGGCCCCGCAAACAUAACCAGUCCUCCACGUGCACUUGCCAAUGCGCGCGCGGCACUUCAAAAGCUCACCAAGAACCCUGGAAGCAAGCAGCCAGACAGCCGUCGAAACUCACCAAUUUCGCCCCAAGCACCGCCAGCGGCGCACAUCAACCAGCCAGCACCUCAGGCUUUAGGUUCCUCUAGCACAGCUGCGACAACAACUUCAUCUCAUGGCAUGCAUUUUGAUCCCAAAUACAUGACCCUGAAUAUAUACAUUGGACAUAACGUGCGUGCUCCCCGCUGGCUCCUGGAACGGAAAUUCCCACAGAGUUCCCGAGCCAGCGUGAGCCUUAAAUCCCCAGCCUCGGCUGCAGACGAACUAGAAUGGGUAUUUGAUGCCGGACCAUUUGCGUAUGCGCUGAACUCAGGGGACAGUUGGUUGAGAACAUACGCGUAUAAUGUUCUGGAAACCACUUUGAAUGAUCCGAUCGAGAGACUUAGGAUCAGAAAGGAAAUAUGGGAUAGAAAUGAUGGCGACUACCAAGAGAACGAAGACCCUAUUCCGCCACUUCCGCCUGCGCCAGCCACUCUCGAUGUGACUCAACAGGAGGAAAUGGGCCCGACUCCGGGCAGCCGAGAUGGGAGGUUUUUCCAAUUCCCAGAUUACGCACGUCCCUCUUUGGCAGAGCGAGCCCUCCCAAAGCCCGAGAGUUUAACCCACGCUAACAGUACACCCCCGAGACGGAGCCGCCGACUCUAUAUUGACUCCGACGAGGAAGGCACGAACAGCACCCCGUCCGCUUCCAUCGGUGAGUACAGAUGGAUAUGGUUCAUUGUCAUCCUGCUGGUGUUGAGCAUGUUUCUUUGCCUUUUUCUAUACGCAUUCAAGAUCAUCUAGCGAUCGUCUCUAGUACUACGUUUACUGCGUUUCUGUCAUUCCCUUACCCAC